CUGACAAGAGUUUCAUCCAAGUUUGGCACUUUUACGCACGGGCAUGUUCAGCUUUGUAUCGUGUUUAGAGCCGUGACAGAGCGCGAACAAGACAAGAGGACGCCAGAAAAACCACAAACCAACAAGAUAAGGACCUAAGAAGUGUUUUUUUUCUUUUGCCACGACAGCGUUUGACACGUUGAGUUCUCCUUUCGGUGUAUUGUUCAACUUCCUAUGAUGCAACGCGCAGUAACAACAAGUAAUGCAUCGAUUUUUACCUGGAAUAACUGUGGAAUUACGCGCGGGAUUGUGGUGGUAUAAUUAAAACGCACGUACAGUUUUAUUUGGAGUAGGGGCACCUUUUGGCACAGCUCCAUCCACCGCGCAUCGGAGAGCUCUGGAGCCGCGCAGAGAUGCAGCAGGAGCGGCUUCUCAAAGUGUUGGUGAUCGGGGACCUGGGAGUGGGGAAGACUUCAAUCAUAAAGCGCUACGUGCAUCAGGUUUUCUCCCAGCAUUACCGCGCGACCAUCGGCGUGGACUUCGCUCUCAAAGUGCUCAAUUGGGAUCAUAAGACGGUGAUUAGGCUGCAGCUUUGGGACAUUGCUGGUCAGGAGCGCUAUGGACACAUGACGCGCGUUUACUACCGCGAGGCAGUGGGGGCGCUAGUGGUCUUCGACAUGACGCGGCUCUCCACGUUUCAGGCUGUGCUCAAAUGGAAGGGAGAUCUCGACUCCAAGGUGGCGCUGAGUAACGGCCGUCCUGUUCCUGCGGUUCUUCUGGCCAAUAAAAGUGACCAGCGUCGUCUCGGGCUCUGCUCCAAAGUGCCCAAACUGGAGAGCUUUUCGCAGCAGUACGGCUUCGUGGGCUGGUUUGAGACUUCUGCAAAGGACAACACAAACAUCGACAGCGCCAUGUCCUGUUUGGUGAAGCACAUCAUGUCACUGCAGGAGGACGGUCUUAACUCUGACCCACCACCAGAGGGCGCUGUGCUGGUGCUGCCACAGUUCGACUAUCACUCCCAAGAGAGGAGGCACAGCAGCUGCUCCGGAUGCCCUUCCCUCAAAGCCACCGACUUGGACGAUUAAAGCUACGCUCGGGAACUU